CUCCUUCCGGUUACACUUCCGGGUUUUCCCUCCGACCACCAGACGCCAACAAGACACAACCAAAAUCUAGUCCGGGUUUUACGAAUUUCCAGGUGGAGAGAGAAGAUUAUUUCUCCUGUCCUUUGUAUUUGAAUUGAAAUGUGUUUCGCAGCGUUUGACCAGGAAACACCCGAGAGACUUUCAGACUUUACCCAUGUCCAUAGAACAAGAAGUAGACUUUCUUCACGAUGAUGAGGCGUUCACGAACCGAUUCCCCAUACACCGCGCUUGUCGGGACGGAGAUGUUGGCGCUUUGCUGACAUUAUUCCAGAAUCACACUCGUCUGACAACCGAAGACUCUUGCUACGGUUGGACCCCCAUUCACUGGGCAGCUCACCGUGGACAGUUGGAGUGCGUGAUACGCCUGGUCCAGAUGGGUUGUGACGUCAACAUGGUGUCUAGUCGCUUCAACCAGACCCCCACACACACGGCAGCGUUUGGCGGGCAUCCUCACUGUGUCUUGUGGCUAUCACAGGCCGGUGCAGACAUCAACCGGCAGGACUUGACAGGCGAGGCACCCAUUCACAAGGCUGCCAGGGCAGGAAGCUUGGAGUGCAUCCAGGUGCUGCUGAUAGCAGGCGCAAAACCACAUGUAAGGAACGCCAAUGGACAGACUGCAGCCGACCUGGCACGCAGUCACGACUGCCUUCGCCGCAUCUCAGCUCUCAGUGAGCUCCAGAACGGAGAGGAAAUGACUGUGGAGGCUUCUCUCUCUGGUUCUGGUCCGCUUGGCAGGAAGAGGCUGCAGUCCGCUUUUGAGAAUGGUCACAUGAAGAAGGCGAGGAGAGAUGUGUUACUGCAGAUGCAUAGUGCUGGCGGCGAAGACUGCAUGGAGUCCAACCCUCAAAAGCGCUUUUAUCCAUCACUUCCUGUUGACCAGAAAGAGGAACCAAUGAUUCCCGACUGCAAUGAUGAUUCCACUCCGCACCGACCAGCCGACAUGUGCGGCUCCCUGCAUCUGACAGGAAGUCCCGGCAGCUGUGAGUCCCAUCCGCCAGGCUUGCAGGGUCUGUCGGGAGACGUCUGCAGUGACUUCCUAAAUUACGGACAUUAUCACGGCUUCGGGGACACGGCAGAAGAGCUGAUCCACAGAGGCCCGGUAGAAGAGAAAUCCUUUCAAGAUGCUGGAGGUGACAUCCAUCUGUGCCAGGACUCAUAACUAGUUUCACAAAAUGUACACGUUAGACACGUUGCAAAGUUUUUGGUUAGGGAAUUUGUAUUUGGUGCUGUUUGUAUAAAAUAUAUAUUCAUAUUAAACACAUUUUGCAGUUUUACAGAGAGGCGAAUCAUGCCAGU